AUGGAUAAGACCAUUGGGCAAGCAAUUAUUGACAAGAGUGCUUUCUCCGGAAUAUGGUCGGCCGUCAUACAAGAUUGCAUCGAUACGUUUGGCACCGGUGGUCACCUCGUCUCGAUCGAAACGGAAGAGGAAGCAGUCGGAAUUAAUGAAUGGCUCGAGCGACGUGGAAGUGGGGGUUCGACCUUUUGGACGAGUGGGCAAUACGUCAUUACGAACCAGGAGUACGUGUGGGCCGCCUCGUUCGGGUCGCCGCUGACGUACACGGCCUGGCUCGAAGGUCAGCCCUCGCCUUUUCCAAACGGUCGAACUAGGAUCGCUCUGGUCCACACGAAUCAGUUUUCGGCCGGAUGGAGUUCUGUAGAUGACACGGAAACGCUCCGAUAUAUUUGCGAGGUCAACACUACAUCGAUCACGGCACCCCCCGUUACUGGGUCGUCAUCACCCCCCACAUCGACUACACCCCUUCCAACUACAACCACCCCCACCACGACCACACCAACUACAACUACACCAACCACCACCACCCUCCCCCCUCCCGACCCUGUCGUCCCCUGCACCUCCACCCUCGACCUUAUCGUCGUUCUCGACUCCUCCGGCUCCAUCGGCCUCGACAACUACCAAACCGUCAAAUCCUUCGUGGCCAACCUUUCCACCGCAUUUACAUCCCACCCCGAAACCCGAUUCGGUCUGAUCGUCUACUCAGAAGGGGUCGAAACCGUCAUCGAUCUAACCAGUGGCCAAUCCACCGACGAAAUCGUGCAGGCCAUCCUGUCCGCCCGGUAUCACGCCGGUCCCACCCCGACCGACCGAGGAAUCGCGGUGGCUGCCGAAUCCCUCCGAAAUAAUACGCGCGCCAAACCGCAACAUCUGAUCGUCAUUACGGACGGGAUUUCAAAUCAGCCUGAUAAAACGAAGGAGGAGGCCGAUGCCGCGAGAGGGCACGGAAUUAUGCUGUAUGCGCUCGGAAUUACGGAAUUUGUUAGUGAGAUGGAGCUUCUAGAUAUUACGGGGGGCGAUGUGGGAAAAGUUUUUUUGGCGGGAAAUUGGGAUGAUUUGGUGUAUUUGAUGAAAUCUGUGAGUGAAGCGUUGUGUCCGGAAGGGGAAGAUGGCAGUGGACCGUUUUCUUUCGAUUAUUUGAUCGGGGUGGAUCGAUUUUAUAAUACGCCUGGAGACUAUGUUUUUCUGGAUUUGGAUCUUUCCCAGGCGAUUAUUAGCCAGUAUGCGGCGGCGGGAAGGACGGUGAUGUGUUACGUGAAUGUGGGAGCUUGGGAGGAAUGGCGUCUUGACGCGGGUAAUUUCCCGCCCGAAGUGAUCGGAAGCGAUGCCCUCUACCCGGGUGAAAAAUGGUUGGAUAUCCGUCAAACCGAUGUGCUCAUCCCGCUGAUGAGGCAGCGAUUCAUGGCCGCGGAGCGAAAAGGGUGCAAAGGCGUGGACACCGAUAAUUUGAACGGAUUCGAGGCACAGACCGGAUUUUCGUUAACGGCGGAAGAUCAAUUAGUUUACAAUCGAGAGAUCGCGGCAGAGAUUAAAAAUCUGGGAAUGUUGGCUGGAUUAAAAAAUGAUCACAGUCAAGUUUCCGAAUUAGUUGGGAACUUUGAUUUUGCCGUUGUUCAAAACUGUUCCGCAACGAAUAAUUGUGCCGUAUUGGGAACAUUCAUAUCUUCAGGAAAACCCGUUUUUGACAUUGAGUCGACGGACGAAUACACGGAGACCACUUUUCUUCGUAAUGUUUGUCCCCUGGUGGAGGAAACGGGGAUAUCUUUCAUUUUAAAGAAUGACGAAAUGACGCAGGCUUUUCUUGUGUCGUGUUUGUAAUUUUUAAGAGUUAAAUAAUAAGAUGUAAUUAAUUAACAGCUAAUAAAUAAAAGAAUUGUACGUACUUCUAUAUUGCAGACUUGACAUCUGAAAAA